AUGAGCACCAGCGACAGCCACACCAUGGAAGAAAGCCCCAGGAGGGGCACGGACGAGACCAAGACCACAACGGCCACCGACAGCAUGAUGAUCUCUCGCUUGAGUGAAGACGACCCUUUCGUGUCCAUGGCCGAGAGUGAAGAUGACUACUCGAACACCAGCGAGGCUUGGAGCGACGAAGGGGACCAGUCGGAUUCGACUGGCACAAGGGUGCCUCAGCGCAAGGAUAUCAAGAUGAUCAACAUUAUCCGAUCCUUCGUGGUCCUUCUCAUGCUGACCAUCGCCAUGGUGUCCGCCAACUCGGUCUUUGUCUAUGCCUUUAUCCAAGAAGAAAACCACUACGAUGAAAGUCUCGAGGAUCUCUCGCUCAAGUUGGUCGAUCAUUUCUACGCCGAACUCGAACGCAAAGUGGCCGCGGCACAGACUCUCUCCACCUCCUUUACUUCCUACGCACACUCCACCAACGUCCGCUGGCCCUAUGUCAGUUUCCCAGACUUUGCCGAACAGUGUCUCGUACCACGGCAAACCGGACAAAUAGCCGCCGUCUCCUUUCUUCCCUUGGUCCACCACAGUCAACGAGACAACUGGGAGCACUACUACGCCCCAACGUUUGCCUAUCUCGCCACGCAACACGAAGGACAACCCGAUCCAGCACUGUCGCCGGUAGAUGAUGAUAAUGAGCUCCCCAUCACCAAGUUUCAUGUCCAUCACAAUCGAUCCAUUCAAGAUGGCAUGUACCGCAUGCGCUACGGCAAGGCGAGAGAUGAACCCAAUGGCACAAUCUACUUUCCAACGUGGCAAACCACUCCCCUCUCUCCCAACGCCACCGAACUCAUGUUUCAUCAAUCUUCCAAUCCAGUCCGCGAACAGGCGCUCCUCGGUAUGAUGACAGUACCGCAUGGCGGAUCCUGUUCCAACGUCCUCUUGCACAGCUCCAACCAAACCGAUCAUGCCUAUUAUGCCACUCCCCGCAGCAACCUCUACUAUCCUCUGUGGCGCUCCCUCACAGACGCCGACAUUGUCGGAGCCCUGGCGCUGGAGUUUCGCUGGGAAACGCUUCUCGGAACCAAAGUACUCGAGGAUGAGGACGUCCAACACUCGGUGGUGGUGGUCUUGGACACCAACUGCGAGGCAUCGGCAGCCCAUGCCUAUUCCUUUGAAGUGACGUCUUCCACUGUGGACUACCUAGGAGAAGGAGCCCUCUACGAUCCCAAGGUAGAAGUCGAUGAGAUUGUGGCCUCGGAGUACGACGAGUUUGCCAAGCGGUUACUGCAUCACCCUCCCUUUUCCACUGCUUCCCAACUCGAUGAUGAUGGUCUACGAUUCGUCAACGAAACUACUGGUUUGGUUGGAUCCACCAAUCAUACCAACGGAACUGCCUUGUGUGACUUUCGUAUUCGAAUCUACCCCACCGAACCCUACCGAAGUUCCUUCUUGACCCACACGCCCUUGUAUGCCAAAAUGUUCGUCGCAUUCAUCUUUAUCUUUACAAUCAUGGUCUUUUUGGUCUACGAUUGCAUCGUCGAUCGAUACCAACAACGCAUGGUGGAAUCCGCCGAAAAGACUCAUGCCAUUGUACGAGCGCUCUUUCCGCAAAAUGUACGAGAACGAUUGCUGCGACAAAGUGCCAACACCAAAACCAAUCGGUCUUCGACGGGGGAACCAAAGGAUCACUGGUCGGCCCACAGUGGCGACGGCUCCAAAGUACAUCAAUCGCCCAAAUCGCGACUCAAAAACUUGUUGCAAAAGAAUGGCGGAGUGACUUCCACCAGUGGUGACAGUUCCGGAGGCGAUGACAUGGGAUUGGAUGAACCAUUGGCGGAUUUGUAUCCCGAAGUUGCAGCAGGACUCACCAUGAUUGCGUGCUUGCUUGCUUCCUUCCUUCCUUCCAUUCCAGUUACGAUUUUAUUCUCUGAUAUUGCAGGGUUCACGGCAUGGUCUAGCGAGCGAGAGCCUGCGCAGGUGUUUACACUGCUAGAGACUUUGUACGGUGCUUUUGACAAAUGUGCCAAGCGCCUGGGUGUCUUCAAAGUUGAAACGGUAAGUGACUGCUACGUGGCCGCCACAGGACUCCCAAACGCCAGGAAAGACCAUGCGGAGACCAUGUGUCGCUUUGCUAGAGCUUGCAUGCUCCGAUCUCGACAGUUGCUUGAGGAUAUGGAGUCUUCUCUAGGACCAGGCACGGCGGAACUCGGCAUGAGAACGGGCAUGCAUAGCGGGUCCGUGACGGCAGGAAUUCUUCGUGGAGAAAAGUCGCGUUUCCAGUUGUUUGGAGAUGCAAUGAACACUGCCAGCCGCAUCGAAUCUACUGGCCAGAAAAACAAGGUUCACAUGUCCGAAGAAGUUUUCAAGUACCUAGAUUCGCACGGGAAGGCUCACUGGGUCCUUCCCCGAGCAGACAAAGUUACCGCUAAAGGCAAGGGGAAACUGAGUACUUUCUGGCUGAAAUUGGGUAAUGGCUCCAAUACUGACUCUUCAGGAGACACAUCGUCCCUCCCCGACACGUCUCGCAACGACAUGUCACAACUUCACGAUAUGUCGUUGCGCAACGACAUGGACAUGUCUUUGCGCCAUGAUCUACCUUACACUCCGAGACGCAGGGAUUCGAUGUCUGAAAACUCGGUCUUGGGACCUGUGCUUCACCAGACAGCGAUUAAUAGUACCGAAGUGCGCCUUGUGGAGUGGAACACAGAUGUUUUGAUGAGUUUCCUCGCAACUGUUGUUGCCAAUCGAGGAGAGGAAGAGGCUGUUGAGCAAACCAACAAGAUCGAGGAACUUGGAACGGACAUUCCUCUGAAGGAGAUGACUCAAGUAAUCGAGAUGCCAGAAUAUGCCGAGAAAGAAGAGCCUGGAAAGAUCAAUUUGCCUGCGGUCGUCCGAUCCGAGCUACGGGAAUACGUGGGGAUAAUCGCUUCUGGAUACAGACGAAACCCCUUUCAUUCUUUCGAACACGCUUCCCACGUUGCUCUGUCUGCUACCAAACUUCUCAAGCGCAUUGACUGUGCUGAUGCUGGAGAUGGGAUCACAAUGGAGGAGUUACACGAGUACACUUUUGGCAUCGUUUCAGACCCCUUGGCAAAGUUCGCUGUGGUGUUCGCAGCACUGGUCCACGAUGUUGGCCACACUGGGGUUCCAAAUGGCAGACUUGCCGUGGAAAGUCCGGAAUUGGCAGAUCGCUACGAAAAAUGCAUAGCUGAACAAAGAUCAAUCGAAACUGCCUGGGAACUACUCAUCCUUCCUCGCUUUAGCAACUUGAGAGAUUGCAUAUUUGGAAAGCAGAAAUCCGAGGGCCAACGAUUCCGCCAGCUCCUCGUCAACUGCGUGCUCUCCACCGAUAUCUUCGACAAGGAGCUCACUGCAUUGCGGAAAGCACGCUGGGCGAAGUCAUUCGACAAGGACUCCAGCGGACCGAUGCUAAUGACUUCUGAAGAUCUCAACCAGAAGGCUACAAUCGUGAUCGAGUAUGUCAUUCAAGCUUCGGACGUAUCGCACACGAUGCAACACUGGCAUAUCUACAAGAAAUGGAAUGAGCGUCUCUUUGAAGAAAUGUACACGGCCUAUCUGGCGGGAAGGCAAGACAAAGAUCCCUCAGACAGCUGGUAUCAAGGCGAGCUAUGGUUUUUCGACAAUUAUGUCAUCCCUCUAACUCGCAAACUCAAGGAGUGUGGUGUCUUCGGGGCGUCUGGUGACGAGUACCACCAAUAUGCAGUGGCAAACAGAGAAGAAUGGAUGCACCGGGGGAAGGAGUUGUGUAAGCAAAUGCACGAGAGGGUCAAAGAGAAGGCGGCACAAGAGCAGUUAUGA